AUGUCGCAGCAGGGAUUCUACAACCAAGGCCUCGGAUUCUCUUUCGAUGUCUCCGGAAACCUAGCCAGGCAGAGCUCCUUCUCGCAACCUUUGCUGAGUUCGCAAAGCGGCGCGUCCCUGCCGGGAGUCGACUUGAACUCGCCGGAGGUGUUCAGGCAGAACAUCCAGCUCAUCCAGACGCAAGUAUCCCAGGUCCAGGAACUCGCACGAAGUGCAUUGUCUGGAAUUGAACACGCAUACCACCCGGGGUCGAACCCCGUGCACACCGCAGCCGUGAUCGGCACGCUCAAGCAGACGCUGCAGGACCUCGUCGAGGCGCUGCGCCAGUCGGGCGUCGGCGCGCUCCCGCUCGAGCCGCCGCUCGGGGCGGAGGCGCGCACGGAGGAGCAGCUGCUCGCGGACGCGGGGCGCGCGGUGCAGGCGCUGUACGAGCGCCAGAGGCGCAUCCAGGAGGGUGCGGGCGUCGUGGCGAACUUGUUGGGGGCGCCGGAGGUGUUGGCGGGGAGUCAGGGGGCCAGGCGGUAG